AUGACUCCCGUUAGAGUCCUUGACAACUAUUGCGUCGUCGCUGCUGCUGUGAUGGUCGUGCAUGACUGGAUUAUUACCGUGCCUCGGGAAGGACGUCUUUUCUGUAAAGGGAAAGCAGGCACUCUUUCCGCUCUGCUGUAUUUUUCAAAUCGGUAUAUCAACCUUCUGGGUCAGGUUCUUAGCCUAUUCCCGUAUGCGUCAUUGUCCACAAAGGUAUUCCCAUCUAUCAUACCUAAGGAGCGACAUCCAACUGAUCAAAUGUCUGCAAGAGGUGUUCAACCCAUUAUCGAUGACAAUGUUCGGUAUCAUCAGCUGUACCGAGAUCGUCGUAGCAACGAAACCAUUUCUAUGCUUGGCAUUACUGCCGCCAGCACUCAGAACUGGACAUUGUCAGGCCUCGUCCUUAUGCUGCUGCUCUGCCCUGUGGCAACAAAUCUCAUGGAGCUGGGCUAUCAUCCCACUGGUGUAAUUCACCAGAUCCUCGGGUGUUGGUUGAAUGACGACCUUCCCCUUUCCCUGGAAGAGAAAUGGAUCAUCAUCAAUCGGGCGUGUACAAUCGCUGCGGAUACGCUGCUCAUUGCCAUUACCUGGUAUGAUCUCUCAGGACGUACCAUGAAGAAAGCCGCGAUGGUGUUGAAGGACAAGGACAUCGUUGGUGUAGUCCUUCGCGAUGGGACUCUCUACUUCAUCUUAUUCUCCACCAACUCUCUGUUAAUGGCCAAUCCGAUGAUGUCAUCUCCAUCUUCACUCCCCCUGAGAGUAGAGAGCUCAUCACCACGAUCAACCAGGUUGACAUCUAUCCUCGUAUCGCACUUCAUGCUGGACUUACAAGAAGCCUAUCAGAAGAAGGACUUCGGCAUCACUGCAGACAACUCACAGUAUGCGUCGCAGAGUAUCAGCCUCGGUUCGUUCAACGUGGCUCCCGUACUUGGAUCGCUUGCCGCCCACAUAGAUCCUUUCACAUGGGACGUUUCCGCCUUACAAUCGGUUGAAACAGGCGAAACAGAAUCUACAGCAUCUAUCACACUCUAUGCAGCCUCACCCAAUUCUGGAGGAAUAGAACAGAUUAGGGCACCUCGGCAUUUCAUUCGGAACACCGAGGAGAUACCGCAUGAAGAUGGACGGGUUUUGGAAGUCUGA